UGGUUGUACUGAAUAAAUGUGGUAGAAGAUGUGAGCAAAAAGCCUAAAGCACAUGUUUGGACUAGAAGUUUGGUGUGGUGCAAGUUGUUGUUGUGAUUGGCCAAUUUUUUUUAAAGGAGUGGAGAGAAAGAUUUGCCAUAGGGGGUGUGUAUGUUAUGUAUGGUUUAAUGCUUAUUAGACCGUUAGAUUUAGAUUAGACAGAUUAAGAGACCACCCACUUUGUUCCAUUAAUCCCAGCAUUCUGGUCUGUUUACAGUGUUUCGCUGUUUGUUUGUUUGAGAAGAUGGUUAAUUUGAUACAGAUGGUAGUUUUAAGUAUUAGUCAGUUUUUCAUGAAGAAAAUGUAUGAGACAAAAACAGUCUUAAAGGGAUAGUUCACCCAAAAAUUAAAAAUUGCUCAAAAUAUCUUCCUUUGUGUUAAGCAGAACAAAGAAAUUUAUAUACAGGUUUGUAACAACUUUAGGGUGAGUAAAUGACCCAUUUUUGGGUAAAAUUUCCCUUAAAUGUUUUUAAAAUCUUUUGUUAAAACUCUCUCUCUCUCUCUCUCUUUCAAAAAUAAUUCUUUGGCAGGACUUAAACUUCUUUGUAGUGAUUUUUUUUUGUAUUUUGAUUGAUUCACUUUAUUUAUAGUUUGUUAUGGUUUUUAAGGGUCAAACAAUAAUAUUGUGAGUCAGUUACAUGACAUGCAUAUUUUUGUGCCACUUUAUCUAUAAAACCAAUUUAGUUUAAAAACAAUUAGUUACCAAAAGAAAAAUUUGUAUUUAUAUCUCAAACUUGUAAAAUGGCAGGCGAGGCAAAUGUCCAUACAAAUUAGCAAUAUAACUGCUAAAAAAUGGUGUUUACAUGAUUACAAAUUCAAAAAUAAAUAUACUUUGUCAUUAUUUUAUGUUUAAAUAUAAAAAAAUUGAAAUAAAUAUCAGUAUUUGUUUGGGUGUUCAGAAAGUUGAAAAACUGUUGUCCAACAAUUCGAAUGUUCUCAAAUAUCAGGGUAGUACAACCACAAUCUUUGACAUUUUAUUAAGAAGUUAAGAAGUAUAAACAGUAAACAUGAUGUCACAUCAUCCAGUGAAUCCCAGGUGGUCUUUAUCGCUGAAUGAAAAGUUUGUAGAUUUCUCUCAAAUACUGAAAAGAUAGCUACUAUGAUGAAAUGGGUAGGCUGGUACCCUUUCUGUGUCAGGUGGUGCAACCAAUUUAAACCUAGAAAAAAUACUAUUUUACAAACACAUUUUAAAAGUAUUUAUGAAUUUGAAACCAGAGACAAAUGCUCAUACCAGAAUCAAAGUAGAAGUCUAUUAAGUGUAAAUUUAAUGCAGAGGUCAUGUGGUGCAACCAGAAAGUCAAAGGGUGGAACUGCUAUGAACCCCCCUAAGAAAUAAAAAACAAUAAGCUAAAUUUUAAAAAGUAAAUCAUUUCGCUAAUAAUUUUAGUUUUAAUAAAUGCAAGCUAAGGUUGUCUAUAAUUGUUAUUAUACGUAAAAAAAAUAAAAUCUUGAUAAAUUAAAAUAUUGUUUUUAAUAUAGUUCUCAAAUGUUAGUUUUAUAAGUUAUAAGUUUUACACUUUCAAACUGUUUUAGGAUUAUAAUUUUAAAUACCACUAUCAAACAAAAUAAACAACCUGCAUGACCUAGGGAAUGCAUUAAAUGUAUCUGGCAAAUAGGCAGUGAUUGGUUGUACCACCUGACAUUUUUCUGAAUAUGGAUUAAAAAUAUUGUGAAAAAAACAUUAAAAUUUACGGAAAUAUUGUUCAAUAAAUAAAAAAUACAUUUUAGGAGCUUGUUUUGUCAUUGACCCUGCAAGUUCAGCUGAGAAGUGAUUAUGUAAUCACCAAAGUAUCCCCCUUUCCAGUAAUUUUGUGAUCCUGUUUGUUUUCUUGUUUUGGCCAUUCUUUUCCUUCUACAUUACCCUGUAUUCUUCUGUACUUAUGGUUACCUCCAUUUACUUCUUGAUGAGCUGCUCUACAAGAUUACUAAACAAGAUUAGAGAGAGAGAGAAAUCCCUUUCCAUCUGUUUACCUGCAUUAACAGGAGUCCAAGCCCCUGCGUUACCUGUGCCUAACUUUGAUGAUCUGGCUGAAUAGCCCUUAAUCCAUAACAAUACACUGGACUCAUACUCUCACCAGAUAGCUUGUAACAGGUAUGCACAGGUAUGUAAAAGUUUGGGGGGUAUCUAAACCACAUUUUCCAAAGUGAAGCACUGUGCCUCAAGCCACAGGAAGUACCUCUCGAUAUGUGGCAGCUCAUAUGGAUGUACAGCGUCUGUUUUUUGGGCUGUGUAUCUGUUAUAACCCCACUGGAUAUUGCUACAGAGGAGGUUGACUGGGAUUGGUUUCCCACGCUUCGAAAUUCAGAUAAACACUCACGAAAUGAUGAAAUUUCACGCUUGUUUCAAAUGCUUACGGAAAAGCAUGGAGAUCGAGGGCUCUUGCCAAGAAAGAAGCGCAAUGUUCUCCUUUCCAGUGGAGUACGGCUCUGCAGUCAAGAAACUGUACAGCAAGUCAUUAGAAAUCAUCUCAAUUACUUCCAGCUCAGAGUUUGUCAGGAAACCAUAUGGGAAGCCUUUAAAAUCUUCUGGGACCGUCUCCCCAAUCAGAAAGAGUACCAGAGCUGGAUGAGUCAAUGCCAGGAUGGGACAGUAACCAUACAGGACAUUGGCUCUGCUUUUAGCCAAUCGAAGGAACACCUAGCACUUGUCCAAAAAAGACUUUAUCAGACCCGACUGAAAAGUGAAACAUCUUUAACUUCAUUAUGCAGCCCUGAGGAUUCUUCCCAAGACCAAAACAGUGCACCAACAGCAGAAGCCAAUAAGGUGGUGACUGCAUCAGUUCCAGAUAACGUCAUCACUCAGAGUGUGAUGGAAGUUACAGUGGAAACACCAUCUGUUGUCAUGACGACUGAGCUGGAUGCUGAGAUUACUAAUGAGAUUGAAGAGCCUGCUCCUUUAUCUCCACGUCCUCUGGUUGAGCAGAAUGUGGAGCUGACGUUGUUACUGGCAGGAGAGCCGUGGAGUGAACAGCUGUCUGAUCCCAACAGCACUGAGCGACACAAUCUCACCCAACAGUUCACAGAGAAGAUUUCAGCUGCUUUAAAGAAACUAACUGAAUUCAAGAGUGUAUCAGUACUGGAUAUAAGGCCACAGGAGGAUCUCAUAAGUGGUGAAAAAUCAGUGCUGGUGGAAUAUGUUGUGUUCCUCCAGACCAGCAGUGAGGAGAUCAGCAGUGAGACACUGGACUUUAUUAACAUCCAGUCAAACAUGGUAGAGGGCACCUAUGGUGACUCUCCAAGACCCACCGUCCAGUACACCAUGAUAAACCCCCACUCUUACAUCACUGAUGCCUUGAAUGAGGAAACAUCUACAGAGGAAGCCAAUUCUGCAACAGACCCUGGGCGCAAGAUUGUUGAAAAAACACCCACUUUGUCUGGAGAGGUGGACCAGGAGGUCUUCACCAUUCAUCCUACAUUGGGACUAGAACAGGAAUUUAUGGGAAAGCAUGAAGUCAUAACUAUAGAUGUGGAGGCACCACCCAUCACUGAUGAUCCCAACGGUAGCUUCCAAGAGGACAUUGAAGACAAGGGCUUUGUGUCUUUGUCAACCCCCAGCACUGCUACUAUAAAUGGUGUAGCUGAUGAUCCCUUUAUUGAUGCCAAACAAGACAGUGACAUUAAAAUGGCUGAUUUUGACCCUUUCUCUGGAUCUGGUGGCACAGCAGACGACUGGGUGACUGACCUUCCUACUGAAGCAAAAAAGCCAUCUGGAAAGACAGAAGAUGGCAUAGAUGUUUUGAUGGAUGUAGACCCUUCCCUGUUAGAGGAGUAUGAAUUCUCCACCAUUACCACAAUUACAAAGGUAAUAGAAGACCACAUAUUGCCUGUGGAAGUAUCUGGAUUAGUUACUAAUGAACCUGGAGAAGAUGGAGACCUUCAAGUUGGUAUUGAUACACCGACAGCACCACUUUUCAAAGAAGAGGAGGCGAAAACAACUCCAGAAUCUGAGGUGUACCACAUAUUACCUAUGGAAGAAGAGAUUCCAGAGGAAGACAAUAAGGAUGGAGUUGUUUCUACAGGAACACAAAAGGAUGGAGAAUCUGCAGUUGUGAUCACAAAACAGAAAUCAGGGGAAGUUGAUGAAAACGAAGGAAACGAUUUUGUAGAUGUUUCACCUACACUGUUUUCAAAGGAAGAUCUAACAAAGGAUGAGAUUCUGUUGGUCAAUGUUAAACCAGCAGGCCCCAUCUACCCAACAUCUCUUUCACCAGAGAAAGAUUCACAAUUCACCGUCAUCACUGUGAUGACACCAGUAAAUGUUGAGUUAAUGCCUACUGUCAAUUCAGGAGUCGUGAGCACAUCCCUGAAUUAUGGGAUACAUUAUGAGGAGGAAGAUGGUAGUGGCAUUCCUGGUGUCAUUAAAGGCGAUGAUAUUUCAAGCAUUGCCCUGCCAACAAACCCGGGGCGAGCUUUGAUGGUUUUCUUCAGUCUUCGUGUUACCAACAUGAUGUUCUCUGAGGAUCUGUUCAAUAAGAGCUCUCCAGAGUACAAAGCCUUGGAGCAGCGCUUUAUCGAACUGCUGGUGCCAUAUCUUCAGUCAAACCUCAGUAACUUUGAGAACCUGGAGAUCCUGAACUUCAGAAAUGGAAGUAUUGUCGUGAACAGUCGUAUGAAGUUUGCAAAACCCGUUCCUUCAGGAGUCACAACUGCUGUUUACCUCAUUUUAGAGGACUUCUGCAACACUGCUUACCAGACCAUGAACCUCGCCAUUGACAAAUAUUCUUUGGAUGUAGAAUCAGGUGAAAAUGCAGACCCAUGCAAGUUUCAGGCAUGUAAUGAGUAUGCAGAAUGUACUGUGAACCGCUGGACAGGUGAAGCAGAAUGUGUGUGUAGUGCUGGAUACUUCAGUGUGGAUGGGCUUCCCUGCCAGAGCAUCUGUGAACUUCAGCUUGACUUCUGCUUAAAUGAUGGGAAAUGUGACAUCAUUCCAGAUCAAGGAGCCAUCUGCAGAUGUCGUGUGGGAGAGAACUGGUGGUACAGGGGGGAACACUGUGAAGAAUACGUAUCCGAGCCACUCGUUGUUGGCAUUGCCAUAGCAUCUGUUGCUGGUUUCUUGCUGGUGGCAUCAGGAGUUAUCUUCUUCUUAGCAAGAACUCUGAGAGAUCAGUACGACAAGGAUGAACUGGAGGAACCAAUACGAAGAGAUGAUAGUUUUCCAUUUCUAGACAGGGCCACCAAGUAUAACCCGAUGUUCGAGAGUGAUUUAACGACAGGUUACAGCCAUUACUACCGGCGGUACCCUGACCCCCCCGUUCACAGUAGUGGCAGUGCUGAGGCCUCCACAGAAUUUAGCAGUGAAGAGAUACGCCAUAUUUAUGAGAACAGUGAGCUCACCAAGGAGGAGAUUCAAGAUCGCAUCCGCAUCCUUGAACUCUACGCCAGAGAUCGUCAGUUUGCAGACUUUGUGCGGCAUCAUCAAACAGCUAUUGACAAUCAAAGAGAAAGUUCCUCCACACAGACAGCACAACUGAGUGCCACAAGCUAAAGCCAAGACUUUUCUGAGAAUUGCAUAAAAAUAAACAUGUUUUUUGUUUCCUGUUGCAAAUAGUUGAAACUCUAUUCAAUCUCUUUCUUUGUUUUCGUGCUUAUGCAAAAUAAAAUGAUCUACUGACCUGUCAUAAAAGAAAUUAUAUGAAUAGAUUAUAUUCCUUUAGUACUAUCUUUGAUUUUGUUUGCGCUUCCUUUGUUUAAUUGGGUAAAUGUUUUCCCUCUGGGUCAUUGUAUUCUUGUUUUUGGUUAAACUGUUAGUGCCUUCUAGUCUGUUUUUUUCAUGGCUGAGCCAAUCAGCCUUUAGUGUUUGGAGAUAAAGGCCUGCCCAAACACAUGGCCCACCCUCUUUCUGGAAAUUACUUGAAUCACUAUUAUUAUUGUUGUUGUUGUUAUAUAAUGUUUAUUCUUUUUACUCCUGGAAUGGGUUUUGUCAAUUUUACAUUUAAAGAGAAUUUACUUGACUUUGGCAAUUUCCUCGGCAGCUUUUUUUCUAUGAGGCAGUGGACAAAACAAUCUGGUAACAAUUUACUUGAAGAGGGGGGUUCAUAAGAAUGACAUGACACCUUCAUAAUCAUGACAUGACACGUGUUAUGAACAUGAAGGAGAUUUUAUGACAACUGUCAUUAAGUGUCAUUUGUUCAGUUAUGUCAUUUUUAAUGCAAAGAUGACAUUGUUUGAAUUGUCUUUGUUAUGACAACUUGAUAUAAACCAAUACAUCAUAACUUGUCAUAAAUCUGUCAUAAGCAUGACAUGGCAGAAUCAUUAUCAAACUUAAGAAACUACCUAGCUUUAUGGGUUAACAUUACUUUAAACUGUCAUUUAAAUGUCAUUUAGUGUUAAUACUAUGUCAAAUCAUUUGAAAUACCUUAACAAAAUGCAACAGACAUAUUAUACUUAACUUUAUGUAUGUGCACAAUACAUAAAAAACGGACAAAACAUUUAAAACAUUUUAUUUAAUGUGAUAUGGACUAAACGCUGCAGGGUUUAAAAUUGUACUGUUUUCAUUUAAUUAGGUAAAUCGGUCUCCAAACAUUAUUAUACUCCAAGUAUUAUUAUUAUUAUUAUUAUUAUUAUUAUCAUUGAACGAUUGAUUUUAUUUGUUAAACACGUGGAGGAAACUUAAAAAAAACUUUGUUUGUUGAUGUUGUUAUAAAACUAUUUGACAGAGUAUUAACAUCUAAUGACAUUUUAAUGACAAAUUAUUUUGUACCACUGUGGUUGAGGUCAAGAAAAAUAUUUAUUACGCUCUUAUAAAACUAUAUGACAGAGUAUUAACACGUAAUGACAUUUUAAUGAAAAAUUCUAUUUGUAUCACUGGUAAAAGUCAUCUUUGUAUUAAAAAUGACAUAAUUGAACAAAUGACACUUUCAUAAAUGUUCAUAAAAUCUCCUUCGUGUUCACAGCAUAUGCCAUGUCAUGAUUACUAAUGUGUCAGUUUAAUGAACGCCCCUUUAAGUAAAGUGUUACCAAAAAUCUUCUUCAUCAAGAUUUUAUUAAGAUUAUACUUCAUCAAAAUUAUACUACAAUUUUUUUUGCCAUAUUGGUUACACUUUAUUUUGAUAGUCCACUUUAGACAUUCUACUAACUAUAAAUAACUUUGCAACUACAUAUCAACUAACUUUCAAUAAUUUGCAACUAUACGUCAACUAACUGUCAUUAGAGUAUUAGUAGACUGUAAGGGUUAGGGUUAGGGAAGAGGUUUGGGUUAGUGGAAUAAGUUGACAUGCACAUGCAAAGAUACUUCUAGACAGUUGAAUGUCUGUUGAGAUAUCAUCGCAAUCAAGUGUUAGUAGAUAUUAAGCAGACAGUUUACUAAUUAUCUAAAGAUUGGUAGUUGAUAAGUAGUUGCAAAGUUACUUAUAAUUAGUAAAAUGUCUAAAGUGGACUAUCGAAAUAAAGUGUUACCGCCAUAUUUUUAUUUCCUUGUGAUUACUCCCAUUCAUUAUUUUAUAACAGGUUCCUUUUUUGUCCUUUUUCUCAUACUGCAGCUACAAUUUUAAAAUCUUAAAUUUGAAAGUUAAAGGAUAGUUCAGACACCACUUUGUUUAGAUAGUUUUAUUUUUUACAGCUAUAUUUACAGAAUUUCUAAUUUGAUCAGUUACAGAGGUUACCCUAAAACUGAAAUGAUGUCAUUUCCUUUCUAUGUUCUUUAUUUAUUUUCUGUGGAACAUGCCUGUUAAAUGCCUGUUCUUUUUAUAUAUUCAUAGUAAAAAUAUGGACAUUUAUUGUGCAUUUUAUUAUUGGACCCCUUAACCCUAUUUAUUUUAAUUGUAUGGAACAAACAUAGGACAUUUGCACUUUAAUUUAUAGAUUGAAAAAUGUAUAUGUAUAUUAGACGAACUGUUAUUUUAUGAAUGUGUGAGAAAAAUUUAAAAUAAAACAUUUUGAUACUGAA